UCCACUCGAAACACACUCGAGCCUAUCACCAAGCAAAAAUGUUCGCCAUGAAAUUCCUGGUUCUUCUCGCUGGAUUCGUCGCCGCCUGCUCGGCCGGUUUAUUGCCAGCGGCAGUCCCAGCAGCGGUCCCAGCAGCGUUCGCUGCACCGGUCCCAGCAGCUUUGACGGUCGGAACCUACGCGACCAGCUACAACGCACACGCGGUUAAUCAUGCGGUCGCUGCACCGUACAUCGCUAGCCCUGUGAUCGCCCACGCCGCAGCUCCGCUCGCUUAUCACAGCCUUCCAGCUGCAGCUUUCGUCGCUGGUAGACGCUGAAAACUGUACCGACCCGAUGUUACCAUUCGAGGACAGACCGUCCAGCGAAACAUCCGGUUACGAUCCAACGCAAUGGCCAUCCCAACCGUGAAACCACUCACUAACCUUCGAUACUACCGUCCCCACCACCGGACCAAGAUCCUGGACCUCAGCGAAUGUCAUUGAUCUGGAAUACAAAUGGAUGCUGCCGACGUUUCAGGAUGUUUCACUCCUCGUUCUCUCCUUGCUUCCCGCCUUCCUCUCUUACCUUACCGAUAGGAUAGACCAAUCUUC